AUGGUUGAGAUCAAGCACAUGCCCCGACCCUCCGAAGACAUGCUCGUGGCCUCCACGUCAUCCGAGGACAGCUCGGACGACAGCAAGUACAGGCUCAUUUACAGCAAGUCGAAGGUUUAUGUCAAUCCAACCGCAUAUUCCCGGGACAACAUCCCAGGUUUCGUGGCUUUGGUCAAGAAGGAGACGGCUCAGCCUAAGGGUCAGAGUGAAUGGGACAAGUUCGUGAAGAUCGAGGAGCAUGCGGUUAUGGACGAGGAUGAAGAUGCCGUGCUCAUUGACCUGCCGGUCCAACGCCCUGAGUCGUAUGCGUUCUCGGUCCCUGUGACCUCUAUAUACUCCCUGAUUGUCAGCACACCCUCUUUGUCUUCAUGGUAUGGCUCUAUUGCCAUCAACCUAAUAAGCGGAGCGACUCUACCGAACCUCCAUUUCCAUGACGAUGAGUCGAAGUCCUUCUCGGUCCCCGUGAAGCCAUCCAUCGGGCCCAAACGCAUAUCUUAUCCUCCGCCUCCUGCAGAUAAUGCACCGAAGAGUAGCACUUGGGGCGGAGAGGACCUCCUCACAAAGCUGCGGUCAUAUUGCCACCUCCUGCGCUCUUCCUUACAGCCAAACCUGUAUUUGGUCGACCCUUCGCGCGAGGACAUCGAAACGCAUUCGACCGUGCUGUUUGCGGACGACGCGGUGGACGACAUUCUCGCUCAGUCGUCAUAUGCCAACUCUCACUCACCUAUUCCCGCACACCGCCGACCACGACCUCUCUCCACUACCAUCAGCUCCUUUGCCGAGCGUUCUUCCAUUCUCCACCGCUCACUGUCACCCACCACAUCCUCUUCCAGCGCGUCCUCCCAGUCGCGUAUGGCUCUCCUGCAGUCUUUCUCGCACAUCACGCGACACGCCGCCCACGCCGCACAACACAUCCUCUCGCAUCCCCUCGCCAAACCUAUCGUCCCCCAUCUCCCCGAUCCAGUGAGGAGCCUCGUAAACGCCAACGGCGACCUCGAGUGGGGAAGCUGGGUCGAGAAGGGUGGUGUGGGUGAGUUCGAGAGCGCGCGCGUGUAUCUCGCCCGAUGGGCGCGCAUCGUCGCAGAGGAGGGCGAGCGCGCGCGGGUGCGUGAGGCGCAGGCGAUGCCGGCUGCGUCCGCGGAUCUCGCAGAGGAGGACUCGUCGCUAGGCAUCUUUGAGCUCUUGCAGUCCACUUCCAACCUGCCCCGACCGAAGACCUCGAGGAAUCCGAAGCAGCCGGUGACGGAGAAGAUGUGGCGGGGGUGGUUCAACGCGGACGGGAGCACGAAGGUGCGGUGGGAGGAGAUGCAGCGGCAAGUUUUCACUAGGGGGAUUGUGUCUGAGAUCCGCAAGGAGGUGUGGCCGUUCUUGCUUGGGGUGCACAGCUGGGGCACAGAUACCGCAGAGCGGGAGAACGCGUGGGCAGCGAAGAAGGAGAAGUACCGCGACCUCAAGGACGAAUGGUGGGGUGUACCAGACGUCUUCGAGCGUCAAGACGUCAUCGAGGAGCGGCAUCGCAUCGACGUCGACUGUCGGAGGACAGAUCGUACUCAGCCGUUAUUCGCACAGACAACUCCGGUAGUGGAGGACACCGAGAACGAGAAGGGACUGCAUAUGCGGUAUUCUACUAUCUCGCCACAACUCGGAGAUAUCGGCGCCCAGGCGCCAACCAACGAGCACAUCGAACGUCUCGCAAGCAUACUCUUGACGUACAACUUCUACGAGACGCAGCUCGGUUAUGUGCAGGGGAUGUCUGAUCUCUGCGCGCCGAUCUAUGUUGUGAUGAGCGGCGACGAAGAGAUGACCUUCUGGUGUUUCGUGCAGAUCAUGGAGCGCAUGAAACAGAACUUCCUCCGAGAUCAGAGCGGUAUGAAGAAGCAGCUCUCGACACUCCAGCAGCUGAUCUCGGUCAUGGACCCGGAACUGUACCGGCACCUCGAGAAAACGGACGGGCUGAAUCUGUUCUUCUGCUUCCGGUGGAUGCUCAUUUCGUUCAAGCGAGAAUUUCCUUUCGAAGACGUCCUCAGGCUGUGGGAGUUCGUGCUCUUCGUUGCCCUCGCGGUACUCGAGUCUCAUCGGGACGUCAUCCUCCGAUACCUUGUCGAGUACUGCAACGAGCUCAGCAUGACCAUUGAGUUGGACAGCACGCUGGCACAGGCGGAGGUUCUCUUCCUAUCCUUCUCGCAGCUCAUCGCCGACUUUGAUCGGCGGGAGGUGGAGGAGAAGUCGGCUGGCGCGGCGAACAUCAGACAUCGGCGCCCCGGCAGCGUCGCGUCUGCCGCCGUGUCGGAGAAUGCGGCGGGGAAGAUACAAGCCAAGCGUCCUGUCGUCAGUGAGGAGUUGCGCGAGCUUCUCAAGGCAGGAGAAUAG